GUGGGGCUACCGUCAGGCUGCGCCAUGCCUUGCGCGCUGCUGCUGCUCGCCCUGCUGCUGGGAGCUGUCCUCCCGCGGCCCUUGCCUGAGAGCUACUCAGUCCCCGAGGACUUCUCCGCACCCUUGGAGCUUCCACAGCAACACUUUGGCCUGGUGGAUGAUUACGGCAUCAAACCCAAGCAGCCCCGCUUCAGGCCCCGGCUGGCCCGGGAGCGGCCAGCGUGGCUGCGCAGAGCUGGCAAAAGCAAACGUGACGAGCUUGACUUGCUGGAGUACUACUACGAUACCCGGCUCUGA